AUGAUAGAAAAAUUUUUAAAUAUAUUAAUUUUUUACAGUAUAAUAAUAAAUAUAUUCCUUUGCUUUGGAAAUGAAGUAGUUUAUCAAAAUGAUGUAAAUGAAAAAAUAAAUUUACUUAAUUCUUUUAAAAUAGACAUAAAAAAUAAAAAUGAAUGCUCGUUAAAAUAUUAUGAACUAAAGACUUAUUUUAGAUAUGUUUAUGUAGUUGAGUGUAUUUUAAAUGCAAAAAAUGUAAAAUUACAUUUUAUUAACUUACCAAAUAAUAAGGAAACUCAUAUAACUUUUUAUAAGGGCAAUAAAGAAAUAACUAAUGAUAAUGUAAUGUUAAAAUUCAAAAAUAAUACAAAAGUAAAUUAUAAAAUAUGCCACUUAUCCAAAGCUCAAAAAUGCUUCUAUAUUUCAAUCAUUAUUAUAUUUAAAUUCGAAGUGAAUGGGUUAAGAGAAUUAUUUGUAAAUAGUUUUUACAUAGAUAAAAAUGGCAAUUUUAAUAAUAUAGAUCUAUUACAUCCUAAUAAUAUGAAAAUAAGAGAUAAAAAGAAAUUUUCCUAUUUUUUUUUUGAUAACAAAAUGAUAAAAAAGUUCUAUGAAAUUAACAUUAAUGUUGAAAAAAACAAACCAUUAUAUUUAUAUGCAUCAUCCUUUCUAUAUAAUUUUGUUUACAUUGAUAGAAACUUAAAUAACAUAUUAAAAGGUGAAAAUUAUUCAUACGAAACUUAUUUUUACAAAUUUACUUGUUCUAACAAUUCCGAGAUAUUUGCAGGCACAAGCGAUUUUAAUAAAAAUGAAUUUUUCAUUUAUAAAUUAACAAUUCUUUGCUAUAACAAUGAUGCAGAUAAUUUGAAUAAUCUCUAUGAUAUAAAUGCUAUAGAAUAUUUUAGUGACUUAAAUAAAGGAAUAUAUGAUUCUAUUAAUAGAAACUUUAUUACACCAUCAUUUCAUAUAAAAACAUAUAAAUACAGUAUUUUUACAUAUGAUGAUAAAUUUUGGCUACGAAUUAGAAUUCAUAAUAAAAUUUAUAAAAAUAUCACUAUUAAUAAUAAAAAGGUAAUAUCUGAAUAUAACUUAAUAACGUUAAAUGAUGAUAUAGAUGACUUAUUUUAUGAUGACUGUAUAAAGAAAUGGAAUAUAAUAAAUUCACAUAAGUGUGUAUAUAAUGAUGAGGAAAAAGAAAAAGUAUAUAAUAAAAGAGAUUAUAUGAUUUUUGGUAAUAUUUAUGAAGAAGAUAUAAAAUAUUAUGAAAAUAAAAAUACAUUUAUUCCACAAAACAAAAUAAAUUAUAAUGGAAAUUUCUCAUUGCUAAAACUUUUGUCAUCAAAAAAAAAAAGAAAAAUACAUAAUUAUGAGGAAAUAAAUAAAAUUAUAUUUAAAAUUAAAAAUAUAUUUAUAUUAAAAUAUAUGUAUGAAGUAAAUAAUGAUGAAAAUAGUAAUAAUAAAUUAAAUGUUGUAAAUUAUUUUUUCUAUAUACAUAAAAUACCAAAAAAUAUUAUAGCUAAUAGUUUUUCAUUUAUUGCAUUUUUAAUAAACGCUAAUUGUACAGAAAAAAAUAUUUGCUAUUUAGAAGCCAACAAAAGGUCUUAUAUUGAAGUAAUAUUUAAAAAAAAAAGGAAUGAUUUCCAUUAUUCAGACGCAAACUUUUUAUUACCAAAAAAUCCUAGCAUUUAUGAUAUAGAUAAAUACAGUUCCGUUAAUUUAUAUAUAAAUAAUAAUAAAAUUUCUAAAAAUACUAAAUAUACAAUAAAUGAAAUAGGUAAAUCAAAAGAAAAGAUAAACAUAAAAAUUAUAAAUAAUGACAAAAAAAUAUUGAAUGAGGUAGAUUUAAUCAUUAUAAGAAAAAACGCAUUUUUUAAAUUGUUCUUAAAGAUUUUUUCAUAUUUGUCAUAUUCAUAUAUUUUAUUAUCAUUCUUACAACCUUCCAGGAUUUUAAAUUCUAUUAAAUAUAUACAAAUUUUAACUUUUCUAAAUUUAAAGUAUUCCUUUCCGUCACUAUUUAAUUAUUUUAUUAAAAGAUUCGAAAUACUUUCUUUCAUUACUUAUACAGAUAAUGUUAAAAUAUAUAGAAAAAAUACUCAAAUAGUGAAUAUAUCAAAAAUCCUAGAUAAAGAAGAAACAAAAAAGAAUAAUAUUGCAAAUGAAUAUAAAAUUAAUAAUAAUUCUAAUAUAAAUAAUAUUAACCAUAUUGUAAAUAGUAAUGUGAAUGAUAUUAAUAAUUACAGUAAUUUAAACAACACUAAUAAUAAUAAUAAAGAUAAUUAUAACAAUAAUAAUGAAGAAAAUAGUAAUAAUUAUAAUAAUGAUAAUAAAAUUAUAAAUAGUAUUAACAAUGAUAAAUAUAAUUACAAAAGUAGUAUUAUUAAUUAUUACAAGAAGAAAAAUUUAGUUAAUGAAGAUAAGGAAAAUAAGGAAAAAUCUAUUAAUGAUAAUAAUUUAUAUAAAAAAAAGAAAUACUUUAAAAAUGGUGUUAGAAAUUCUAAAUGGAAUAGUAGCUCAAAAAAUGAUAUGGUACUUUUUAAUAUAUACAUUAGCACACUUUUAAAUAUUAUCAGUAUCCUAUGUUUUCUACUAAUAUUUUAUUUUAUAAUUACUAAAUUUAUAUAUAUAAAAUAUAAAUCAAAAAUACAUAUCUCUUUUUUAUCUCCUUAUAAUUUUUUUUUAUUUGUAUUUGAUUUAUUUUUAUUUCCUGUUAUAUUUUCAACAUCCAAUAUAAUACUUCUGGAUAGAAUUUAUAAAGUAAAAAUUUAUUUUAUAUAUAUUGACUUUUUUGUUAUUAAAUUUAUUUGCAUAUUUAUACUUUUUUGUUACACCUUUUCUUAUAUUGCUACUUCUUUUCUUUUCGUUUUAUCUAUUAAAAAUAAUAUUAUUUAUGAUUAUAAGUUAGAAAAGUUCAUUCCAGUAUCUAUUUAUAAAAUAAAUGGGAUCAUAAAGUAUUUUCCUUUUCAAUUUUUUUUAAAAAAUGUUUGUAAUAUAUUUUUAUCAUCAAAUCAAUUACUUGUUAAAAAUCAAAAAGAAAAACACAUUUUUAAUUAUAGUAUUAUAAAUGUGCAUAAGAUAAAAAGGGAUUUUUUUCUUCCUUGUUUCCAUUAUGUCGAUUUAAAUAAGUUAAAAAAAGAACUUUUACAAAGUAAUUUAUCUUUAAAAAGAUUUUUCAAAAGUAGUAUUAAAAAAAAUAACCAAAAAAAAUACAAUAAAAUAGUAGAUCAAAUUUUAUUAGAAGACAUGGAUUAUUUGAAUUAUAACAGAAAAAAUGAAAAGGAUUUCAUAAAUGAAAGUUGUAGUCGAAAAUAUUUAUUAGAUGAAAUAAAUGAUUCACAAAAUAUACUUCCUUCAAGUAAUAUUUUAUAUCAGGAUGAAUGUUAUAAUAAUAUAAUUAAAAUUUUUAAAAAGAUAUUUCACAUAGUAGAAGAAUAUUUUGAUAAAAACGAAAAUGAAAGUGCAGAUUUUGAUAGCAUGGAUAGUUUACCUGACAAGGAAUGUGAAAAUAAUAUUAUUAAAAUAAAAAAUAAUGAAAGUGCAGACUUUGAUAGCAUGGAUAGUUUACCUAACAAGGAAUGUGAAAAUAAUGCUAUUAAAAUAAAAAAUAAUGAAAGUUCUUACACACAAUAUAAUACAAGUGAUGUUAAACAUAAAAUGUUAAAUGAAAAUGUAAAAGUUGAAAAUGAUUAUACUAAUGAAACAGGUGAUUCUGACAAAGCAAAAUAUAAGAGUAAUGAGGUAAAAUUUCAUUAUUAUAAAAAAAAAAAUAAUAAUUAUAAAAAAAAAUGUGAGUAUGACAAUAUAAUAAAGAGUGAUGUAAAAAAAAAUAAACAUUUCAAAAUUACUAUUGAUAGAAAUUUUUUAAAAAAUAAUACCAACACCAAAAAUAAUUUGUAUUUUUUAAAUACUUUUAAAAAUAUAAAAAUUGGAUAUAUGUAUGAUAAAAUAUUACUAUUUAAAAAGAAGUUAUAUAUAAAAAAAGUAAUAGAAUUAAAGCAUUUAUAUAUAUUACUAUCUCAAAAAAAGAGUAUAGAAUUAUUUGUUAAUAUUGAACAAACUUAUAAUGAUACAAUGAAUGAUUACUCCUUUCUUAUUAAUAACUGUUUUAGUGAUGUUUUUUCUUUUGUUUUUUUGAGAUCAAUAAUUGUUGUAGGUAUUAUUUAUAUAAAUCUCUUUGUUCCUAUAAAUAUAUACGCUAUAUUUCUUUUCUUGUCUUUUUUUUUCUUAGCUAUAUUUUUAUAUAAUUUACGUUAUAGUUUUAUUAAAGGUAAUAUGAAAUUUUUUAAAAAACAACUUAAAAAUAUUUUAUAUGAUGAUAGUAAAAAUGAUAAUGAUAUGAUGAAACAAGAAAAUCAAAAUUUUAAUUGGUACUUUAUCAAUGAGAAACAAAAUAAAUAUAAAAAAAAUAAUGAAGAAGGUAAUAAUUCAUCUGGUAAUUAUGACAAAACAAAAUAUGAUAAGGAAGAAUAUAAUAGAGAAACAUAUGACCAAUAUCUUGAAAGAGAAGAAUGUGAUAAAGAAGAAUAUAAUAAUGAAAGUUAUAUUAGAAAUAGUUAUUUUAAUUUAAACAAAAGAAAAAUAUUUAAUUAUAAAAAAAAUAAUUUUACUAGUUUGAUAGGAUUUUGUGAGUAUAUCAAAAAUUAUUGGAUAAGAAACAUUAGAAUAUAUUUCAUUUUAAAGAACUUAAAAGAAAGAAAAAAUAAUUCUGAAUUAAUUAUAAGUAUAAUUUUUUUUUUUUUAUUCAUUUCUUAUAUUUUUAAUGAUAAUGAUAAAGAAGAUUCGAUUUUGUUUAGUUUAGUGUUGACCUUUUUAACAAUCUCAUUAUAUAUAGAUUUCUCUGUUUUAAAUAAUAUCUUAGAAGCAAUAUUAGUAUAUAUAAAAAAUGAUAUAUUAAUAAAAGCUAACAUAAUUUAUUUAAAAACAUAUCUAUUAUUUACUUUGUAUAAAUUUCAGAAUAUACUUACUUGUAUAAUUAUUUCUCUAUUCAAACAAAAAAAUACAGAAAAAAAUAUAUCAACUAUAAGAAAAAUGUCUACAGUUGAUUCAAACUUUUAUGAAAAUACAAAAAAUUAUGAAAUAAAACCUAAUUUUAAUAAAAUAUCUGUUAAAAACUUAAAAGUAAAUAAAAUUGAAAUAUAUCAAAAUGAAAGAGAUAUGAAUUAUAAAAAUAAAAUAUUGAAAAUAGAUUCUAAUAAUAAUUAUAUUUUCGGACUUAAUUUAUACAAAAAUUUAUAUUUUUAUGGAACUUUAGAUUUUAUUGAACCUAUUAAAAAACUGUCAACUAUUCCUAUAUAUCUCAAUAAUAAAAUGAAAAAAAAUAGAAAUUAUUAUAUUUGUACUAUUGAAAUUACGAAAGAGAAAGAUCCUAGUAUUAAUAAAGCUAUAUCACUAUUUUUAAAAAAAAAAAAGAAAAAAAAAUUUAUACUUUAUUAUAACAAAAGUUAUGACAUUUUUACAUCUGAAACAGUAUAUCAAAAAGAAGAUAACAGCAAUUACAGUUUAACUAAAAAGAAAUCAAACUAUAAUGACAUUUUAAGAGAAAAUAUCGGAGAUAAAAACCUGAACAUUAGUGAAAAUAUUAUAAAAAAAAAUAAUAAUCAUGAAGAUUCAAAUGAUAUUAAUUUAUAUUAUAAUGAUAAAGAAUCUAAAAAUAUAAAAAUAGAUAAAUAUUCUUAUACAAUCAUAAAUGAAAAUAGCUUAAUUAUCUAUAGCUUAUUUAUUAAGCCAAAUAAAAUAUAUAAGAUACAACUAGUAUUUAAAAAUAAGUAUUUUAAAAAUAUUAAUUUAAGUGAUAAUGAGUAUAAUUAUAAGAUGUAUGAUAACAAAGAUGAGAACAUGAGUGAUUAUGAUUGUGAUAAUAAAAAUUAUAAAAAUUACAACAAUAUAAAUACAUAUAUUGAUGGAAACGAAGAUAAAAGUGAAUAUGAUAAUGAUGGAAAAGAUGAAAGUAAAAGUAACGAUAAAGAUUACCAUAAACUCAUUUAUAAUAAAAAAAUUUAUUGUAAGAAAAAAAAUGAUUUUAGUAUUUUUCCUAUAUUGUGUGAAGAAAUAGGAAUUUUAAUUGUCUCUUAUAAUUUAGAUAAUAUAGACACGUUCGAUGAAAUAAAGGUUGAGAAUAAAUUUAAAGAAACUUUUUAUUUAAAUAUCCAUUUAAAUCAUAUAUCUUUCCUAAAAAAAAAAAAAAUUAUUAUAUUGCGACAUAAAAAUUUUUAUAAAAAUGAAUUAUAUUACGUUUACUUAAAAAAAAACAAAAAAUUUCUUUCUGACUAUGUUACUAGAGAAAUUGAAAUUAAAAGUAAAGAAAAAGGAAAAAUUAUUCUUAAUAUAAAUAAUAAAAAGGAUAGCUUUAAAAUUAGGAAGAAUGAAGAUGAAGAUGAAGAUGAAGAUGAAGGUGAAGAUGAAGAGGAAUAUGAUGAAAAUGGACAAAAUAAUGUAGGUAUAGAACAUUAUAAUGAUAAUAAAAAAAUAAUUUUUGAUGACAAUGUUAAUAUUUAUAAAAUAUGUAGUAAAAAUAAAAAAAAGUGUAUAUUUGUUAAAGUUCAUAAAAAAGACAGCAUUUUUUUUGUACGACAUUCUAAUGUAAAUUACGAAAAAAAAUGUAAUUUCUUUUCUAUUAAAAAUUUUUUCUAUAAUAAAAAGAAAAAUAAAAAUGAGGAAAAGGAAUUUAAUGAUACUUAUGAUGAAAUUAAUCAUAACAGUUUUAUUCCUAUUCAAUUAUUAUAUAAGUUAAAGUCAAAACAUGAUAUUACAAUAAUAAAAAAUUUACAGAAAUUCUUUUUCAACUGUUUAGAUAAUGGUGAUAUAAAAGAUGAAAGUUUAUAUAAGGAAAGAGAAAAGGUAAGGUAUCAAAAAGAAUCUAUUUUAAGGAGUAAAAAAAAGUGGGGUCUUAAAUGUUUCAACUAUCAAUUGUUAAGUUCAUCAGAUACUUCUAUAUACAAUACAAAUAAUCAGAAAAAACAGAAAAAUAAAAUAAAAGACAAAUAUCAUAUAAAAAAUAAUAAAUACCUUAAUAUAAUUAAUAAAUUGGAAAACCCGUUUUAUUCAAAGAAAACAAAAGUAAGUGAUUUUUAUAAUAUAUCUAAUAAAAAAAUAAAAGUAAUUUCUAGGCUAAAAUUAUUAUUUAAAAGUAUUUAUUAUAAUUUUGAUUAUUUUUAUAAGAAAAAAAGAAAAUCUUAUAAUAAAGAAAAACAAGAAGUUUUUUAUAGAUACGUUGCUGAUUAUAAGCAUAUAAUAAAAAUAUACUCAACUAAUAUUGAAAUAUAUGAAAAUAAGUAUAAUUUUUUAAUAAAUAACAAGGGAAACAUUAAAGUUUUAUCUAGCCUUUUAUUGGAAAUUCUUAAUUUUACAUAUAUACUAAAUAUAUUUCAGAAAUAUAUAAUAAAUGACAAAGAAGGAAAUGUGAUUAAUUAUAAUAUUAAUAAUUUAAAUUUUAAUAUUUAUGAAAUUUAUAAACAAUGUUCAUCAAAUAAAAAACCUAUAAUAACUAAAAUAGUCACAUAUUUAGAAGAACUAGCUUCUUAUAAAUUGAUAUACAUAGUGAGUUACUACAAAGAAAAAUUAAAUUACUUUCUCAUGCUUAACGAAAUUAAUAAUGAUGACAAAAUUUCUGAAAUACAAAGAGAAAUUGAUUAUUUAUUUUAUAAUAAAUUUCAUUUUUUAAAAAAAGAAAUUAAAAAGUUAAAAAGAAAUAUACAAAACAACGAAACCAAAAAGAAUGUUCCUAAUAUUUAUUCAAAAUCAUUUUAUAACAUAAUUUUUGAAAAAUAUUUAAUACAAAAAAAAUUAUUUAGAAAAAAAAUAUAUAAUAUAAAAAAAAGUAUAUAUGAAAUAAGAAAGAAAUAUAAAGGAAUAAAAAAUGAUAUAUAUUUCCCAUUUUUCAUAAACAAAAAAUUUAUAAUAAAAACAAAAAGUGUAGAUCAACAAUUAUAUAAUUGGAAUACUUGUCUUACUAAUUUUUUUAAUAAUUUUCUAAAUAAUUCAUUAACAAAUUCUAAUGUAGGUUAUAACAUCAACAUUUUGAAUAAAAAUAUUUUAAAUAAUAUCAAAGAAUCAUUAUUUGAACGAAAAAAAAAUACAUCCCCUGAAAAUUUUAAUUUUGUUCAUAUUGUUAUUUCAAUUAAUUUUCUCAACCCACAAAACGAUUUUUUAAUAUCUCCUACUUUCUUUUAUAUGAACUUUUUAUCGUCAAAACCCAUUUUUUUCCUUAGUAAUGAUCAGAAAAAUGAAAUACUUUUAGAUAAUAAUAAAAAAUUUAAGGAAAAACAAAAAAUAAGAAAAAAGAAGAAAUAUGAUGAAAUGAACGAAUUACAUAAUAAUACAAAUACAAUAAGUAAUGACACUAUUUCUUCUAUUAUACAUUCUUCUUCUGAAAAAGAAGGAUCUACUUAUUAUAAAUUAUUACCUUGUUAUAUAGAAAUUAUAAAUCAUAAUUUAUUUAUUUAUUUUUUUGAUAAUUACAAUAAUAAAAUAUGCUGGAUGGUAGAAAAAGGAAAUUACUAUUUAAAAAUACAAGAUACAAACAUAAUAAACACUGAAGAUAUAAAUAAAAACGUAGUAAAAACUAAAAGUAUUAUAAAUGAAGAUUAUCAAUCAUUUUAUAAUGAGAAAAAUGAAAAUUUAUAUAAUGUUAGUAGAACAGAAGAAAAUGAUGUUUCUGUUUUUUGUUCUUUAAAAAAAUUUACUGAAAUGUAUAAAAAGAAAAAUAAAUCUUUACAACACUAUUAUUUAUUGGAACAAAAAGAAGUAAAUAAAAAUUAUAUAAAAAAAAGAAGCAAUUUUAUCUUAAAAUUAUUUCACAUAUUUUCUAAUUACAUAUCUAACAUAAAAGACAAUGUUAAAAAAGCAUUAUACUUUUUCUUUAUAUAUGAAGAGAAUAAAAUGUUUGAUAAGUCACAAUAUAUUAAAUUAUUGAUAAAAAUUAAUCCUAUUAUUUUAUCCACUUCAAGGAGUAGAUUAAUUAUAAAUGAUAAUAUAUAUACUAAAUUAACAGAAAAAGAUAAAUUUUUAAUUAAUCAAAGGAUGAAAGAAGUUUCUUUAAAUCCUUUUCAAAUACUUGAUGACAGUGAAAAAAUUACAGAAGAAGAUUAUAACUUCAUUUCUCAAAAUAGAUAUUUUAGUCAAAUAGAAACGUUUAAAAAUAUUAAUAAAAAUAAAAAUUAUGUUAAAAGCAUAAAUAAUUUUUCUAAAGAGAAAUAUGAAGGGUUAAAUGAUAAUAUCGAUUUUAAUACAACUUAUGAAAAAACUAAUGAAUUAAAUAGCGUAAUAUUUCAUGAACUAAAUAUAUUUACUUAUAGUUUUUAUAGAAAAAAAAUAGAAGAAUUAAUAGAGAAUUAUAAAAAUUAUACAGAAUUAGAAGAAACUAUAAAUAUUUAUGAAAAUUUAGAUUCACUUAAAAAUAAUUUAUAUGAAAAUGAAAGUAGGAAAAGUGAUGAAAAAGAAAAAGAAGAAAGACAGAAUAAAAAGGAGAAGGAUGUGUCGUCUAUUGACAAAGUAGAAAAAUGUGAUAUGGAAAAAUUGAGUGAAGGAAGUAAUAAAAAAAAUGAUUCAAGAAAAGAUUAUGUUGAUGAAAAAGAGGAUAAAAAAAAGUUUGGAAAUUUAUUAAAAAGCAUUGAAAGGAUGAGAACAUUAAAUUUUCUUAAAAAAAAAAGUAUAGAAGAUGAGAUAAGAACUAUAUAUAAAGAAUUAAUAUUUUAUGAUAAGAAUAAAGAAAUGUUUUGUAAAUAUGUAGGUGAUAUUAAAAAUAUGUUAUACGAUGGAAAAGGAAAAUUAUAUGAUAAAUUUAACAGUUUAAUAUAUGAUGGGGAUUGGGUAAAUGGAGAAAAAAAUGGAAAGGGAAAAUUGCUAUUUAAAUAUUUUAAUAUAUGGUAUUUAUAUGAAGGAGAAUUUUUUAAUGACGAGAUAGUUGAUAAAGGAAUAAUAUCUUUAAUUGAUAAAGAAUAUGUAAAAAAAUUACAUUUAAAUAAAAUUAAUAAAUUAUGUCCUUUAUUAAUUAAAGCUAAUUUUUGUAAAGAAAAGAACCACAAAGAAAAUAAUAGAAAAAAAAUUUUUAAUGAAGAUAUAAUGAAACAAAUAGAAAAUACUAUAAUGUCCAAAUAUAGUUCAACUAAUAAUGUGGAUUUUUGGUCAAAAGAUGUUAUUGAUAUUUAUAUUCCUUAUAUUAAAAAAUGGAAUAUUUAUUCAUUUUAUUGUUCAAGUAAUAUAGAAAAUAUAAAAAAGAAAAAAGAAAUUUUUGAAUCUAAUGAAAAUAAUUUUAAAAAUUUAAUUGGAUAUCCAUCAUUUGAACUUAGAAACGGAGAUAAUACUAAUGUAGUUAUGCAUAAUCUUACAAAUAAUAAUAAUCUUAGAAAUAAUAAUAAUGAUAAUAAUAAUCUUAGAAAUAAUAAUAAUGAUAAUAAUAAUAAUCUUACAAAUAAUCUUACAAAUAAUCUUACAAAUAAUAAUAAUAAUCUUAUAAAUAAUAAUAAUGAUAAGAAUACACCUAUUACUUCAAAUAAUCCAAAUAUAAACAAACUUCAAGAUCAAGAUAGCAAAGAAAGGGUUAACGAAAAAAAAAGUAGUAUUUUAUUUAAGAAUAAUAAUUUUAAUUUACCAAAUAUCUAUAUAAACAAAGAUUCAUCAGAUGAAAAUUUAAAAGAAGAUAUUAUAUACAAAUAUGAUGAAACAAAUAUUUUGCAUGAACAUUUCUUUAAUUAUAUGAAAACAAAAAAUGAUGAAAAAUUAUAUUAUCCAUUAAUAAGUAAAAAUGUAGGGUUAGCGAAAAUAAUUUAUGCUGAUAAAAGUGAAUAUUUUGGUGCAAUAAAUAAUAGAGGACAACCUAGUACCAAUGAAGAAUAUCCGAAGGCUUUUUUUAAUAAUGAAAAAUUUUUUUAUGAAGGAGAAAUGAAAAAAUUUCUUCCUCAUGGUUAUGGUAUGUUUAAAAAUAAAGAUGAUAAUAAAAAUGCUUAUUUAGGAUAUUGGAGAAAUGGAUAUAGAGAAGGAAAAGGAAGUUUAAAUUUAAAGAAUAAAAAAAUUAUUAUUCAUGGGAAUUUCUUAAAGGAUAAAUUACAUGAUAAUAUCAAUAUUUAUAUUAAAGAUGAAAAAAUAUCAAAGUUAUAUCUUUCAACUAUUAAUACAGACUCACAAAAAAUGAAAAUAUAUUUUAGAAACGGAUAUAUCUUUUAUGGAUAUUUUUCAAAGAAUUAUCAAAGAAAUGGAAUAGGAAUAUUAAUUGAUAAUAAUAAUAAAAUUUUAUAUCAUGGUUAUUAUAAAAAUGAUGUAAUAGAUAAAUUUUGCUAUAUAUUACGUCAUAAAGAUAAUAAAAUUUAUUGCGGUAAUUUGCAUCAUGGCUUUAAAAAAGGAUUUGGUAAAUUAUAUUUCGAAGAAAAGUUAAAAUUCAAUCAUGAAAAUGAAUUUAAUUUAAGUUUAUCUAAUGCCCAAAUAUUAGCCAGAAAAUUAGAAGCAUACGAUGGAAUAGAUAUUAAUUCAGAUAUAUCUUUAAAUAUUUCUUUUGAUUCAACACAUAUUAUAUAUAUAGGUUAUUGGGAUAAUAACACUUUUUCUCAUUUUGGUUCAUGCAAUUUAAAAGAUGGAUUUUAUAAAGGUGAUAUAAAAGAUGCUAAAAAAGAUGGAUUUGGGAUAUAUAUAUAUAAAAAAAACAAAUCUUAUAAAAAUAAAAAUAGAUAUGUUUUAUCUUAUUUUAAGAAUGAUCGAAUAUUUAAUAUGGGAAAAUACUACAGUGAAUAUGAUAAGCUUAGAGUAUAUUCUUUUGAAAAGGAACAAAUUAAGGAAAAAUUAUCUACUUCCGAUAAAUGCUUUAAAAAAGAGAAUUUACAAAAUGAUAUUAUAACAACAGAAAAAUUAUACAUAAAUGAUGAACUUGAUACAUAUAUUACUAUGCCCUUAAGUGAUUUACUAAGUAAUAUUAUGAAUGAUGUUUUCGAUACUUCCACAAGUUUCAUAAAUUAUUUGAAUCAACCCUUUCAUUUUGAUUUAAAUUAUUUCUUAAAAAAAUAA